AUGUCCUACCUGGCCGGAGUUGCGGAGCUCAUCCUGAUGAUGAAAGGGGCCCCACAUCAUUAUAUUCAUAACUGUAACAACACUGUCAUUUUACACACAGAAUCGUAUGCACAUGACUGGUGCUCCAAGCUGAAUUCCGGAAAUGAAGUUUUCUCAGCUUGUCACUCUGUAGUUAAUCCAACAGUUUAUUAUGAGAGAUGCUUGUAUGAUGCCUGUUUGUGCAAGAGAUCAGAAGACUGUUUAUGUGCAGUAUUUUCAAACUACAUCCGAGCGUGUACUGAGCGUGGAAUCAGGCUUCAAAACUGGAGAGAACAUAUUUGUGAUAAAUAUGUAAAAGAAUGUCCAACUACAAUGAACUUCCAGUACAAUGUAGAUACAUGCCAGCCCACCUGCAUGGCUUUGAGUGAAGCAGACGAAUCCUGCUUGUUGUCAUUUGUCCCCACCGAAGGCUGCGUCUGUAACCAAGAUUUGUACAUGAAUGAGAAAGAGUGCACUUAUUUCUGCACUCCUGUCACCCAGAUUCAACUGGCAGUGGGCCUGCUAUCUGCUGACAGCACAGAGCUGGUUCAGGCUGGUUCAGGCUGUGCAAAGAUCCUGACUUUAAUGUCAGGAUCCAUCCAGAGCAUCAGCCACUUCCUCCUUGAUGUUGCCCAGCCAUUACUGGAUUCAGAUGCUGGUUCGGAGGUUGAGGAUGACAGCAAGAUGAGCCUAGAGAGAGGGAGGAACACUGGUAGACAAAUUGGCAUUCAUGUUCCCCAAGUUGCAGCGUAUUGCCAAGUUGUCUCCAGUGGUAAUGAUGAAGAUAGAGGAGAUGGAGAUGAUGAUGAUGCGACUUGGGUGCCAGAUAGAGCAAAGGAGGAAACUGAAGAUUGUAAACCACCUAUGGUCUACUUCAAUUGCUCUUUGGAACCUCCCGGCGCCACUGGGAUUGAAUGUUUAGAAAGCUGUCAAAGAUUAGAUAUUGACUGUUAUAGCGUUGAAUGUGUGUCGGGUUGUGUUUGUCCCGACAACCUGUUAGCUGAUGGAAAAGGAGGAUGUGUUUCCAUGGACAGCUGCUCUUGUAUGUUCAAUAACGUUGUAUAUGAGCACAUGCAAACAACAACGAUUGGAUGUAACAUGUGUACCUGCAAGAACCGUAAAUGGGAAUGUGAACAUGAUGUGCCUAUGGGAGUGUGUAAAGUUUAUGGAGAUGGAAAUUAUGAGACAUUUGAUGAAAAACGAUAUCGAUUUAGUGGAGAAUGUGAAUAUGUUAUCGCUCAGGAUUGUUGUGGAGAGGAUAAAGAGAAUUCAACAUUUAAAGUUAUUUCUGAAAAUACACAAUGUAGUGACACUGGUUUAACUUGUGCCAAGACCAUCAUAGUUAUUCUAGAGGGUUAUGAACUCCUUCUUAGUGAUGGCGGAGUGGAGGUUAUUAAUGUGGGAGAUGGAGAAGAAACCCCUUAUUACAUAAAAAACAAUAGUCUUAAUUUAAUCAUCAAAGCAAAAAAUGGAAUUAUCCUGGUUUGGGAUAAGAAGACUGGUCUUUCAAUCAAGGUCCCAGAACAGUUUCAGCAUAAAGUCUGUGGACUCUGUGGAAAUUAUGAUGGCAAUUCAAACAAUGAUUUUAAUACAAGAGGCCAGUGUACUGUUGAGGAUAUUUUGGAAUUUGGCAACAGCUGGAAGAUGAAACCAACAUGCAACGAUGUUAAAGAAAUAAUAGAACCCUGUGAUGUUAACCCGCUCAGAAAGCCAUGGGCACAAAGACAAUGCAGUGUCAUCCUCAGUGACACCUUCAAAGCCUGCCACUCUCAGGUGGAUCCCAUUAGUUAUUAUGAAGCAUGUGUGAAAGAUUCAUGUGCUUGUGAUGAAGGAGGAGACUGUGAAUGCUUUUGCACUUCACUAGCCCAAUACGCUCAGGCUUGCCUUUCUCACUGUGUCUGUGUGGAGUGGAGAACUCCUACUCGUUGCCCUGCAUUCUGUGAAUAUUACAAUGAGCAUGAAGAUGAGUGUCAGUGGCAUUAUAGACCCUGUGGACCCCACUGCAUGAAAUCCUGUAGGAACCCAUCAGGAGUUUGUUCAUCUGAUGAAGUCAAAGUGGAAGGUUGUUAUCCAGUAUGUCCACCUGAGAAACCGUUUUUUGAGGAAGUUAGUAUGAAAUGUGUAGAUGUAUGUGGAUGCUACGACAACACAGGGAAAUACUAUAAUCCCGGAGAUCAAAUACCCUCUUGUGACCCCUGUGUAAUUUGUACUGGAACAACAACAUCAACCACUACCCCGCUCUCUACAACUACUGGAACAACAACAUCAACCACUACACCACUCUCUACAACUACUGGAACAACAACAACAACCACUACACCACUAUCUACAACUACUGGAACAACAACAUCAACCACUACCCCAAUCUCUACAACUACUGGAACAACUAGACAAACCACUACCCCACUCUCUACAACUACUGGAACAACAACACUAACCACUACACCACUCUCUACAACUACUGGAACAACAAGACCAACCACUACCCCACUCUCUACAACUACUGGAACAACAUCAUCAACCACUACACCACUCUCCACAACUACUGGAAUAACAACAUCAACCACUACCCCAAUCUCUACAACUACUGGAACAACUAGACAAACCACUACCCCACUCUCUACAACUACUGGAACAACAACACCAACCACUACACCACUCUCUACAACUACUGGAACAACAUCAUCAACCACUACCCCACUCUCUACAACAACUGGAACAACAACAUCAACCACUACACCACUCUCUACAACUACUGGAACAACAACAUCAACCACUACCCCACUCUCU